GUUCCUUUAAAGCCCAAUUGUCUCGUAUUAUCCUGCUAAAUUACAAAACAGGUCCUGUGUAAUUCCGUCUUUGCUCGUGAAUAUUAAGGCUGUAGACUCUAGACAGGUCACGUGAGCACAAUGGAAUUAAUAUUCAUGAGCCGUGACAUCUUCUCCCUGCGAUGCCCAAGAAAUCUCGCAGAGUCUCGCGAUAGACGCUUACUUGUACGGCCGCCAUAUUGUGUGACACUAUUUUGAUUGUUAUCUGUUGGAAGAGAGAAGGAAGAGAGAACAUCAGGGAGACAGAAGAGCUGUCAGAAGAGUCCCGAGUGUGUGAAGCAGCGGCGGGGCGGGGUUCUGCCCUCACCGCGGGGUCAGUCAGCAACGCGGUCUGCGGCGCGUCUCGGGGGUGGAAGGCGGCCCGGGAGCGGCGGUGACACGAAGAUGCUGAGAUAGUGUGAGCGAGUGCUGUGGUCAAGUUCUGUUUUGGCAGUAGACGAAUGGCACAGAAAAACCAGCAGAUCAACAACCAGGUUCUGCACCUCCUGCGGCACAAGUUUCCAGAGGUUCCCAAGGACGUGGUGUCUGAGUGUGUCCUGCAGAAUCAGAAUGAUUUAGCUGCAUGCUGUGAGUACCUGACCAAAGUGAGUCCUGGUGAAGGCAGCCAGAGUUUGACAGAUCUUCACAAUCACAUGACCCAGCUCAACCUGGGCGUGUCUCAGAAUACCCAUGGUGCAGUGCAGCGAGAUGUGGUGAGGAUGAAUGGCAGCAGGACUGUCACCCCCAGUGUAAGCGAUGGGCCUUUGAGCGUGCCUUCUUACCAGCCCGAGACGACACCUGUGUCCACACACACUCCCAGCAGCCUCAGCACAUUCACUGCCAUGGAGUCCACUCGCAAGCCACAGCCUCCUCAGCACCUGGGCCUUUACCAGGUCGGGGGCAAAGGUCACGGACCGCCUCCAACCCCGCGCUUCAACCCGAUCACAGUGACGCUUGCCCCCAACACCGGCCGCAAUACACCCACCUCCCUGCACAUCCACGGAGGGCCUCAGUCGGGUCUGAACAGCCCAAACUCCAUCUACAUCCGGCCGUACGUGACCCAGCCGGGCUCCACGCGACAGGUUCAGGGCCGGGCUCAGUACAGCCCCACCUCACAGCCUGCUCAGCAGAUCUACCAGAUCAGUCACCCCGCAGCCUCCCAGAGCUCCUGGAGCGCCGGCCAGCACCAGACCUCACACGUCUACAUGCCCAUCAGCUCGCCCACCAACACCCAGGCGCCCUCCAUCCCCUCGGCUGUGCUGUCACAGGCCUGCUCCUCGUCCCCCUCGCCCUCCUCCUGCUCGUCCUCCUUCAGCCAGUACAAUAUCCAGAACAUCUCGACCGGGCCACGGAAGAAUCAGAUCGAGAUCAAGCUGGAGUCUCCACAGAGAGUGUCUGGGGGUUCGAGUACGGCUACGCUCCUGCGCCCCGGCUCUGCCUCACGCCCCGUCUGUAGCUCCACGUCUUCCUCCUGUCCCUCGUCGUCCUCUCUGGCUGCCAGCACAGGUUCCUCUGCUCCGAUCUCGAUUGGUGGAGCGGGUCUGAGCCGCAGCCAGCCCACGGUGUACAUUUCUGCGUCUCCACCCUCCGCUGCUGCCUCCUCGUCAGACGACUGUGCCGUUGUGUCCAACACGCCACGCUCUCAGCCCAAGUUCUACAUUUCUGCAAACACAUCCACAGAUGACGGAGGGGGCAGGAACACGCCUACAGUCUAUAUCUCAGCUAAUCCUGCGCUGCAGGCGUCCGCGGGUCUGCGGGCUUUAGGGAGUCAGGUGAGCAUGGGCCCUGCGUAUAUACACCACCAUCCGCCCAAAUCCCGUCCCUGUGUGGGAGCAGGAGGCACGGCCACAUCUCCUCGUGUGGUGGUGACACAGCCCAACACCAAAUACACCUUUAAAAUCACGGUCUCGCCCAAUAAACCUCCAGCGGUGUCUCCUGGGGUGGUGUCGCCCACCUUCGAGCCCACCAACCUGCUCAGUCUCCCAGGAGACCACCAUUACUCGGAGCCGGACGCCCCAUACCAGCCGGACCCGCUCUCAGCGCUCCGGGACAGAAGCUCAGAGCCACGCAGACUCAGCGUGGGAGCGGACGACGCCGCGUACACACAAGCUCUGCUGGUGCAUCAGAGAGCUCGUAUGGAGCGGCUGUGGCACGAGUUUGAGCAGAAGAAGAGGAAGCUGGAGAAGCUGAAAGAGGAAGUGAACGAGAUGGAGAAUGACCUCACGAGGAGACGGAUGCAGCGCUCCAACUCCGUCUGUCAGAUACCAUCUAUUGAGGAGAUGCAGCAGUUGCGGUGUAAGAAUAGACUUCUUCAGAUCGAUAUUGAUUGUUUAACCAAAGAGAUUGACCUCCUCCAGACUCGAGGACCAGACUUCAAUCCCAUUGCAAUCCAUAAUUUUUAUGACAACCUUGGAUUCUUGGGUCCUGUUCCUCCUAAACCUCUGAAAGGUCCUACAAAACCAGGAGGGGAUCACACAGGCUCUCUGGACAGGAGAGGACGCAGAAUCAAUGUCAGCUCCAAGUUCAAGAGAGACCCGUCUCUUCCUCCUGUUCCUCCUCCUGCGUCUGCACCCAUGGAGGGCAGCAGGAGUGCGAGGGACGUGUCGGAGCCCGAGGAGGAUGAUGGUGUUCAGUGGAGCUGCACCGCCUGCACCUUCCUCAACCACCCUGCUCUCAUCCGCUGUGAAGAGUGUGAAUUCCCCCGGCAUUUCUGAGCCACACACCGGCGCCUAACCUUCACACAGACCUCUGCUGGGAGAUCUUGGACACGUCUUCGCCCCACAGUGUCAUUGUAUGUGUGUCUUGUGAUGUCCACUGAAGACUGGAUGAUGUUUACAGCUCUGUCUCUGUACAGAAUGUGUGUUUCUCUCUGUGUGUGUGUGUGUGUGGGAGAUCAAGGGAACGGUCACUCAUUGAUCCGUGUAGAGGCUCGGUGUUGCCAGUGAUAUGAACACGUUUAUUCCUUCCACACGUGGUUUACAGGUGUGUGUUCGGAUGCCAGUGUGCCUUGUUUCAUGGGAACUGAUCAUGACUGCUUUCUCCAUGCUGUUCCCAAAGGAUCAUGGGAGGAAUCUGCUAAACUCACAGUUCUUUUGUUUGAUCAAUGAAAUGUAAAAAAGAAAAAAAAAUCCUGCAUGUUUUAGAUGUACAGUUUACAGAGGAGUCUCCGCCACAGAUUUUACUGUACAUAGUUUUAGAACAAGCUUUUCUUUCUCAAGAAUUCACAUGUAUUUCCUGUAAGUAUAGCUUUAUAGACUUCAUUUAUUUCUGUGUUGUUGUUUGUUUCUCUCAGAGCUUUUGUGAGAACUUAAAGGGAUGCUAGAACAGCAUGCAGCCGCAAACGACAAGAACAAAUAAAAAAGAGGCUCUGUCAAGUGCUCUUAUCAGCGUACGAGCUGCAAACGCAGCCAAACUGAACUGAAAAAUAUCUAGAUUUUAAUCAGGUACUGGACCUCGGAGCAGUCAAAGGACUUCACAGGAAAUCCCUAAAGCCCUCAGCCCUCGUAACCAACGCUUUCCUGUGUGACAACUGGAAUGUAGCUUUACUAUUAGAGGAACUGAUACCUUUGUGCCAUGAAAGCAAUGUUUCUUUGCUAUGCAUUGAUGAAGCUUUUUCAGAUUAUUAGUAGUGUGGGUUUGAGAGGAGAGACUUGUGUCCGGUUUCCUCCUGAUGAGUUAUUCACAAGGGCUUUUAAGACUCUUGAGUAUUCGCUGCUAGCGUUUAUAGUUUAGGUUUUUGUAAACUGCCGAAGCAGCGGAGUCUCCGAGUGCAGCGAAUCCUUUCACAAUGUGCCUUCAGUCUUUAUGUGGUUCUCUGGUAUGUGGCAAUAGGCACAAUGCCUUAACUUACCAAUGUUACAGAAUUGAAUCUUUAUUAUUAUUAAACUGUAAUAAAGUUACAGUUUUGUAACUUAAACUAAAACAAAUGUUUUGACAUCCAUCCUUGUAAGAGUGCUAAUGCAUAAAUUGUGCAUUGAAGAGUUGAAUGAGAUUAUUAUUUAUAAAUCCAACAGAUACACAGCUUCUAGUAUCCAGGCUAGAAAUAACCCGGCUGUGGAGAACAUGCAUUCAGUCUG